AUGGACGUGCAAAAACUCCCCGUUCAUCCCCCAUAUGCCACGAUCGAGCAACUCAUCAUUCGCGAAAAGAAGGGCAACUGUGUGCCCAUCUUCUUGCAGCUGCCUGCAGAUCUCAUUACACCAUGCAUGGCGUACUUGAAGAUCGCAAAAGAUUCAAAGUACAGUUUCUUGCUCGAGUCGGUGAUUGCAGGAGAGAAUGUUGCAAGAUAUAGUUUUGUUGGCGCAGAUCCCCUGAAGGUCAUCAGGACUGGGCCAAACGAAGAGAUAACUGGCGACCCCAUGGUGGCGUUACAGCGCGAGCUUUCUGUUCACCAAUACAUCAAGAUCCCCGAAGUGCCUACGUUCACUGGAGGUGCUAUUGGCUAUGUUGCCUACGACUGUAUUCAAUACUUUGAGCCAAAGACUGCUCGCGAGCUCAAGGAUAGCCUUGGAAUACCUGAAUCCGUCUUCAUGCUUGCAGACACUCUGCUCAUAUACGAUCAUAUCUUCCAAACCAUCAAGGUUGUCUCACACGUCUUCGUACCCAGAGAUGCUGGAUCUGCGAACCUUUCUUUCGUGUAUCAAACGGCUGUAUCCAAAGUUCGGCGACUGGCGAAGACCCUUCUCAAUCCCCUUACUCAGGAGGUUCCUCAGCCACCUAUUGUUACUGGCAAUGAAGCAGUUUCCAAUGUUGGAAAGGAAGGUUACGAGGGAUUCGUCACGAAGCUGAAGGAGCAUAUUGUUGCCGGAGACAUCAUCCAGGCUGUACCUUCUCAAAGACUAGCACGUCCAACAACACUUCACCCAUUCAACGCAUACCGUCAUUUACGACAAGUAAAUCCAAGCCCCUACAUGUUCUACCUCGAUUGUGGCGAACUCCAAAUUGUUGGAGCAAGCCCAGAGACGUUGUGCAAAGUGGAAAGUAGUAAAGUAUACAAUCAUGCCAUCGCUGGGACAGUCAAGCGAGGGAAAUCACCCGAAGAGGACGAAGAGCUUGGAAAGCAGCUUCUAUCAUCGGAGAAGGAUAGGGCAGAGCACAUCAUGCUUGUUGAUCUUGCUCGCAAUGAUGUCAAUCGUGUUUGCAAGCCGGAGACAGUCAAAGUCGAUCACCUCAUGCAGCUACAAAAGUUCAGUCAUGUCAUUCAUCUCACUUCACAAGUGUCAGGGAUGCUUCGCGAAGACAAGUCAAGGUUUGAUGCUUUCCGCUCUAUCUUCCCCGCAGGUACUGUGUCGGGCGCACCUAAAAUAAAAGCGAUCGAGAUUGUAUCUGAACUUGAAGGCGAGCGUCGAGGCGUGUAUGCUGGGGCUGUCGGCCGGUUUGACUUCGCGAACGACGAAAUGGAUACUUGUAUAGCCAUUCGGACAAUGGUCUUCAAGGACGGCGUUGCAUACUUGCAGGCGGGAGGUGGUAUUGUCUUCGACAGCGUUGAAGAAGAGGAAUAUGUUGAGACCCUUAAUAAGCUUGGCGGCAACGUCAGAGCAUUGACAGAUGCCGAAUGGUACUGGCGCGAAACUCAGGAGGCAAGCAUGAAAGCUGGAAGUGGAAUUGCGUAA